AUUCCUCGGCUAACUUCGCUUCUUACUCCUCUGUGUUGGAGCUGGGUUCGGUGAGCCAGAGGCUAAGAUAAAUUGCUUGCUUAACUAACGAGUAGCAUUAGCAAGCUGGCUAGUUAGCUAGAUUAGCUAGCCUUCCUACUGUUGUGUAGUAACUAAAAAAAUGUCAUUAGUCAACCAAGACUGCUUUAUUAUGUAAUUUUAUUAUAACAUUGAGACUGGCAGCUGAACAGUAUUGGGAAUAUAACUAUCAAUAUUAACACUAGCUAAGUAACCUUGGUAACUUAGGUAACUAGUUAGCUAAUUAGCUAGAUUGUUAUUUAUCUACUUUAUGAGUUGUUAGCCUAACAAAAGUAACCUAGCUAACCUGGCUAAUUGAGUAAAAGUUUGUUUGGCAUCUAGCCUAGCCUAGCUUAGCUAGCUAGCUAACUUAACUACAGAGAGCCGGUGUUCUGACGAGUGGUGCUAACCUGUCAAACCUUGUUACCCUGGUGUAUAGUUAACUUAAACCUAAAAAUGCCAGAAAAAGCACCAUAUUUCAAAAUGCUCCCUACAGAAGUCUCGGUAUGAUAUUUGUAAAACAGUUAACUAAGGGAACAGGUGUGAAAAUAACCUGUUUUUCAUUUUUUUAUUAUUAUCUUAUUAAUAUUUUAUAAAUAUUGACUGACAUUUAUUACACAUUAAAUAAAUGUAAAACUCAGACAGAUAACGACAAGAGACUCCAGUUGUUUAAUGAUGCCAAGUAAUAUAACUAUUUAAAAUUUCUAUGAAACAAGAAAAUAUAUUUAAAAACUUUUGUCCGCGCAUGCGCGCCGCUGGUAAGAAACACACAUCGAUGGGUAGCGCAACUCGACAGAACACCUGGAUGGCUAGGUUAGGUUAGCCUAGCCAAGCUAACUAGGCUAGUUAGAUGAACUUGUAAAUGAACGUUAACAAUCUCUCAUCUAUGUUAAAAUAUAAAAACACAAAUAUUGUUGUUAAAAUUUACAGCAAAUUCAAGCUAAGUGGGAUUAGUAAGUAGCUAUAUAACCUGUUUUUGUUGUCAGUCUUUUUAAACGACCACCUUUAAACAAUGUCACAUAAUUAUUUCCUCCUAGUUUAAUGACGUGCUUUGUUAUCCGCUAUUUUGCUUUGUUUGUAUGAUGAUGAUGUUUAUGGCUGUUGAGUAAGUUUAUAUCUCAAGUAUGAACUUUGAUCGUUUUCACUUUAAGAUCUGUUUGGAUAGUGUUUAAAUUGCGUCAAUAUACAUUUAAAUUAUUAAUUUUUUGUUGCUAGAAACGUUUAGAGAAUUAUUGAUUGAUUCUGUGGGCUUUUAAAUAAAGUCACCAUACUAAAAUAUCAAUUUGAGGCUUUGUAGGUUGCCUAUAAACUGCUGUCUUCAGAAGGAAGCAUUGUCAUUUUAUUUGAUUUAAUUCAAUAUGUAGGUGAGGGGGAAAAGGAGUUGCUUCAGUGUGUUAUUAUAGUUGGGCUUAUUAAGACCUAGCCAACACACACACAAUAAUAACAUGAAUUAAUUUUAGAUAAAUGUUUGAAUGUUUAAUAAAUGUUUGACGGAAUGUUGAAUAAUAGACAUAUCUGAUGUUACAUUGGUUUGUUUCAUACAGUACAUUCCCAAGUUGUGUUAUUUUCUAUGUUUAAAAUGAACACAUACCACAUAACUCCAACUUUUCAUAUCCUAAAUCCCACAUUUUUUAAACUUCAAAUACUAACAUCCAAACUGGAAAAACAAAAACCCUGACAGGCAGUAGCAGUGGUUUAAAAUUUAAGUGUAUAUAUCUGAGAGAGAGAAGCUCCCACAUAAAGUAAUUAAAAAAUCCAGAUGUGAAAGUGAUUCAUACAACAGCCAACCUUGAUAUGUACUUAUGGCCUUGCUUGUGUACCUGUGGGACUGGAAAGUAAAGUUGUACACCUGCAGAUUAGUUCAGCCAAAAAUUUGGCAGAGAUCGUGCCUCUGUAUAAAAUGUUCAUGAACUCCUGCCCUCAGGAUUAAGGGUGUGAUUCUUUAAACGUACAGUGAUAUUUUACAAUUAUGCAAUAAUUCUGUAUGUAGAAAAAUGUUGUAAACAUCAGUUUGAUUUAUUGACCUUCAGUUUAUUUCAUUACAAUCUCACAAUCUUGCCAAAACUAAUCAAUUUCAGUGACUGAUUUGUAGAUUUCUUGCACAACAGCCAUCCCUCACCUUUUUGAUCUAAUGCACUCCUGAAAAGGGCCAUCAUUAUUUCUAUAGUAAGAAAUAUGUUCCUUUAGUGUGUUUUUUAAUUGGGAAAAUAUAUAUUUUAUUGGGAUAUUUGGCAAAAAGACCAAAAAACACCAAAACAGGUAUUUUUAUGUGCACUUGCAAAAAUGUCCCAAUGUUGGUGGAUGGGAACAUGGCAAAUUUGACAGUCUUUUUUUUAUUGGACAGUAUAGGCCUUUUUUGUCUACCCUAUAGUUUUAUUCUUAUUAUUACAUUGCACUGAACCUAAAGUAAAUGUUAACUAGAUAGAAAAGACAUUUAUGGAAAUGAGAUUUGCUGUUUAUUUAUAUCAGCUGUUCUUUCUAAAUAAUCUGAAGCACUCAGCAAGUGACGUAUGCUGCAGUUCACAGCAUACAUCAGGUCCUGGAUACCAUUAAUAAACUGCCUAAAAAUAGAAAUGAAGAAAAAACAGCUUAACAGAAGGGACAUUGCUGUUUUAAGGGCAUUAUUUCAUGAUCUAUCUCUGUCACUAAAAUACUGUGUAAUUUGUAAAGACAUUUGGUUGUGCCUAAUUUAUCUCAAAAUGCCUUUACAGUGGUUGCGUGUGUUAAAGUGUCUGGGCGAGUGACAGGGAGAAGCAGCUUGCCUGUGUCAUCCUGUUUACUUGCAUUCCCUGGCAUGGCUCUCUAUGACCCAAAUGUUGUGGAGCCUGUGCUGGUGGUGUGUGUGUUUAAAACGAGACCAGUCUUCAGACAGGGCAGUUCACAUCACACUGUAUUAUAUGCCAGUGCAAAAUAGCUUGGACUUGACCUUCUGCUUGUCUUUUCCUUCGCUCUCCAGUCCUGUGUGUGUGUGUGUAUAACAUUACUCUCUCUGAGCUGAGAAUUCUUCUUUCAAGAAUACGCUAUGACCCUCUUUCUGGGCUUCCAACAGAGUAAGCUGUUUUGUGUUGGCGUGAACAACGAGAGCUACAUCUGUCAGUCAGGCCACUGCUGUGGAGAAUCUCAGUGCUGCAGCUACUACUAUGAGCUAUGGUGGUUCUGGCUGGUCUGGACUGUCAUUAUCAUUCUCAGCUGCUGUUGUGUGUGUCACCAUCGUCGCACUAAGCAUCGACUGCAGCAGCAACAGCGUCAACAUGAAAUCAACCUCAUUGCUUACAGAGAGGUCCACAACUACACCUCACUGCCCUUCUAUUUCAGGUUUCUUCCCAGCUACCUCUUACCUGCGUAUGAGGAGGUGGAGAACAGACCCCCCUCGCCCCCACCUCCAUACAGUGCCUCUCAGUCUGGUCCGGGCGGCGAUGCUCUGAGCCCCGAACAGACGGAUGAACUUUGCCCAUCGCAACACAGCCCCAGCCCCACAAUCCCCGUAUCAGAGAGCAGCUCCACCAGAGACUGCAUAGAAGAGUCUCAUUGCCCUGCUGUGCACAGCCCAACAGGAGAUGCCCACAAGCCCUACCUCAGCUUUGAGGAGGAUAGUCAGCAGCAGCAGGUAGCAUCAGCCACUUCUCCUGAGAUGGCGAAGCAAGGCAGCUGUGACAAAGAGCUCUCAAAGGCUGCAGAGCAAGGACAGCCGGACAGUUGUCCUGAAAGCAAGGACAGGACUCCAGGGCGUCAUAGGCGCUUUACAGGUGACUCAGGAAUCGAGGUGUGUGUGUGCAACCGUGGACCAGGGGAGGAAGAUGAGGAGGAGGAGGAUGAUAUGAAGGAGCUUGAGGGACUUCUGGACGGAGAGGGUUUAAGGGAGCAGGACUUUUGUGAAAGCUGCAACCCGUGUAAUAAUAGCCCUCAACAGUCAAGGGAUGAGGAGCAGGGUUUUGGUGCCCCAGUGAGGGGCCUUGAGCCCAGAGAGCCUCCGCAGCAACGACCCCCAAUCUGCCUCCAUUUGCACACCAUCAAUGAACAGGAGGGUCCGCACCAUGGCAACAAUACAGACCCCCAAAGCUAAGCACCACCACUUACAACAGUGACCCCAUUUAGGACUGCUCUCCCUUUACUUUCUCACUGUUUUGUACUGUUGCUUUAGCCAUACAUGUUGGAAGUAUACAUGUUAUGUUGUGUUUUUAGAUCAGUGUGAAAAUCUAGCAAAAACAAUCUUUGGCAUAUAGCCUACCCUUUAAGAAAGGCUGUGGUCGAAGCUGCUAUGGAGAGAAAAUUAUUGAUUUACUAGGCUUAAAACUUUUGUGUACAAUUAUGAAUGAGGUGCCUGUACCAGUGAAUUAUUUUACUUAACUUUUUUGUGUUUAAAUUUACCCAGCGACUAUCAUGGAUAGUGGUGGACAACAAGCCUACUCUUUUAAUUGUAAAAGAAGAGCUAAUGUUGCCUACAGUGAAUUCCACAGCAGUCACACACCUUAUAAUAAGUAGCUUAACUGAUUCCUGUCUAGCACGAGGUUGCACUAACUAAAUGAUUUAUUUUGUUGUUGGUAGACUUUUUUGCUCUUAUUUUUCUUUGAAAAUAUGUCUCUGGCUUAAAAUCUAAGCAGUAAACAGCCUAGCUAGAUUGUUGACAAAAUAUGAAUGUUAAUUUAAUCAAAUUUACAAUUUCCUUUUCACCCUAUGGUCUAAAUGUAGCAUGCCUUGCAUUUCUUUGCUACUCUCAAAGGGACUAGAUUAUGCACAUCAUGAAUGCAAGACAAAGGCUGAGGUGAUCAUUUUACACAUUUCCUCUCAGCCUCUCCAAUGUCAGAGCAGUCUACCAAACAUCAGAACUUGGGCUACUAUGUAGUCUGUCUGAGCAGCACAUGCUAUCGAACCUCCUAUCUUUCUGAUUGGAGAUGAAGGCUAUGUUCACAUUACAUGCUUUGUUAAUCAAUUUUAAACAGAAAAAACAAAGUAUACCAGGGUCCACUAAAACUGGUGGAAACAAGGGCUUGUUUGUUGAAAAGCACCAACGUUCUUAUAAGCCAGAACAGAACUGGUUCACAAACCAGAGUUCUUUUGGUGGAAAAGUGCUGCUGAAGAGCUACACAUUCCAGUGUGUGUUAGAUCUGGAAUGGAGAGUUACCCUGCAGAACAGUAGCUUUCCACAAGCAGGAUUUGUGAGUCAUGCUCUAAAUGACCCCAGUGUCUCUGUAACGUGAACAGAUUGCGCCUGUGCACAAUUAUAUAUGUUCAUGCACAUUACUGCUCAUUUUUCACAUUACUGCUGCAAUCUAACAACAGCAACUCCCACCAAAAUCGCAUUCUAGUAAGGACUUGGACAUCACUAAGCGCAUGUGUUCAAACCAAAAUGCAACAAAAGGCAUGGAGGUGGUUUUGAAUUCAACACAUCCCUGUUUAAAAAAAAAAAAAAACAGAUCUAUGUCAAAUUAAUCCAAAGAAAUAAUUAGAUGGUAAGGUGAACAUGGCUGACGUCUCUGAUCUACAUUUUAGACAUACUGUAUUGCAGCACAGGUAGACUGCUCUACCACUUACUCUUAGCUCACUAAGCUGAGUCUAAUCUUCCCUUUACUUUCAUGAUUUUGAUUAUUAUUGGAUUAAAUUGCAAUAUGCUUUUUAUUUGGCAGGCUUUUCGUUAGUCUCCUUGUGUGUAUGUGUGUAUGUACAGUAUGUGUGUAUGUAUGUGUGUUCCAUCACAUGGAGUCAGCUUUAUUAAAAAAAAGGAUUAUAUUUUAUCUAUCUAAAUGCUAUCUAUCAUAUUGAAUACUGUUAAGUAAGUUGGAGUUAAUUCAGCGGUGCUUUAAGUGAGGACUGCAGAUAUUGUACAUUUAUUAUGUGUUUGGUAAUGACACAGCUUGCAUAUUUAGGUGCCUUUGUUGAUUUUUCAUAUCUGUCAUAUGCCUUAAUGGAAUAUUGUAUGUUUCAUGAUGAGAUUCCUGUGUAAAUAAUAAUCUAAGGCCAGUAAGGGUGAUAGAUACUACUUCAAAAUUCAGAUUGUGAGUGCGAGGUGCUAAUGGCUACAAUGUUUUUUUUUUUGCCAUGAGGAACUUCUGCAAUGGGUAGAUUGUUUGUUAAAUAAGUCGUUUAAGAUAUGCCAUUUCUCAGUUUUCUCCCAGAUCAUGAUGUAGUACGCUGAGUGUGUUUACAUGCACAUUUAUAAUUAGAUUACUGUAGUUGUUUCCUUACAUGGAAUAAAGUCUAAAAAUCAGAUGUAAAAAAAUAUAUAUUUUAAAGAGAGCUGUUUUCUAGUCAUCAGAUUUCUUAACCCAUGUAUACUUUUAUCUCUUACUCUACUUUUAGUAUUCUCAGGUUUCUCAGUCUGUGCAUGCAUGAAAACAGAGCAUGAUAGCUGAAAUCACCAAGCAGCAUUUAACACAUCAUCCACAAGAUGGCAACAAAAUACACUUAAAGCAGUUCAAAACCUGAAGGCUUUGAACUUUUUAAAAGUUUGGGUUUUAUGUGAUGUUUGGCUUCUGUUUUAUUCUGAGAGUUUAUUUACUGGUUGCAAAGCUAAAAUCUGAUUAUCGUAAUUGAAUUACUGUCAAACUUCAACUUUUGCAUAGUAAUCAGAUUAUAAAGUGCAAGUAAACACACUCAGUAUUUGAAACUAAAGCUUGGCAUGUAUUAUGGUACUGAUUACACAUUUGCCUGCUUAUAGUUAUUAGGAUGUAGUUUCCUUUUUCCUACUUAAAAAAAAAAACAAGACCACAUAUACAGAGAUUUAAUGUCCAUUUCUGAUCCCUCAUAGCCAGAAAAUAACUAUCUUAAUACUUUAUAUUUAUAGAAUUUAUAUAAUGAAUUUUCCAUAGUACAUUUAUUUAUGUCCUGUAAUUCAUGUCCUUCUAUUAAAGAUGUCAAUGAAGAUGAGCCACUUUUUGUUCUCCUGUGGCACUCGAGACUGCUAAGAGCUGCUCCCCUGCAUUCCUACACUGUGGAGUGAGUGAGAGAGUGAAAGAGAGAGUAUAUGAGAAAGAGGGAGAGAUAGAGAAGUGAUUUGGGUUUGCUUGUCUGUCAGGGUCAUGUGUUUGUUUGACCUUUGGUGUGAAUUAUCAGCGAGGCUUCCAGCAAUACAGGGCGUUUAGAUAGUCCUCAGUUCAAAGGGCACAGAUAGGCCAUCAGCCGCAGAGAUAGUGCCAGGCUAGGGUGUCUGUCUGAGUAAAUGAAGAAUUCUCUUAUACAAACAUCAGCCUGCAGAUAGCGUGCAGAUCCUGCUCGGGCAGUGUUUGCAGGAAACGCCGGUUCUGCAAACAAAUGAAAACAAAACUUUGUAGUCCUGCCACCCAUUAGAAUGUUUAAAGAUGUAAUUCCUGUGUACAGAAUCCUCAUGCAGACAGAAGCAUUUAGUGCUGAGUUAGAAGUGCAUUUUGUCAUUCUCUGUAGAAUAGUGCCUGAAUCUGUCCAAUCUGCAUAAAUUAUCUUGAUAAGAGUUCAGUGCCACAGUGAGUUCAGUGCCAGGCGUUUCCCUCCUACUCUGACGUCUUGAGACCAAAAAAAUAUAUAUCUUGGUUCAAGGGAGAAAUCAGAACUAGUCAGUCUUUACAAUUUGAAUGAGAUUCAUUUGUUGUUUUGUUUGUUUUUGCCUGAUUUAAGGUGUCAUUGCACUGUUUUUUCAAAUUGUUGCAGUGAGUUUAUGUGCUUGAAGGUGACGAAGGCUUUAGAAGCCAAUUGCUUUUCAUGUUUAGCUCUGAUGUGAGGCUUGGUACUAUAUUUUAGUUUUGUAUCUGUAGUUGCAUUUUUUUAUAACUGCAUUUUAACUGCAUUUUCUGCUAUGGGUAACAUUUUGUAUAAAGCCUCAGCCAAAUGAACGAGUAUCAAAGAAUGUGCAUUAUAAAUAAAAUAACUUUUAAAGCCA